GAAAAAUGCUACUGGCCCUUCUGUUUGCGUCGACGUUAGCUAUAGGUGUACUGAGCCUGAAACCCAGCAGUAUUGAUGUACAGACAGACAAACGGACAGAAUCUGAUUUGAUAAAAUCGUUGAUCUUCGACAAUACCAAAGGAACGAUAACCCUGGAUUCCUCAGCUCUAAAACUACUAAUGGAACUGUCUUCAAAUUCUUCGAACACUCUACGGCAAGUCAGUUUUUCAGUCGCUUUAAGAUCAAAGGAACUGAGGCUUGGAGCUGGACAAACAGUAAAAUAUGACGCAGUCUUGACAAAUGAUGGCAACGGAUAUGACGACAGAACGGGAGUGUUCACGUGUCCUGUGGCGGGAACCUAUAUGUUUGUUGUCGAUUCCUUAUCUUUUCCAGGAAUCUGGUUACACGUGAAAGUCAACAAGAAAACAGUCGGUAGUCUUCAUGUGUCUUCUGGGCACAACGCAAACUCAACAAGUCAAAUAAGCAGAACAGUCAUUGUGAAGUUGAAGUCUGGGGACCAUGUCAAAAUUGAAAAUGGUGUAAAGAACGGUUACAUACAUCCUUACCUGUAUUCAGGAUUCACAGGAGUCCUUAUAUACUGACUAAGGUUUCACAAACCGGAUGACGCAGUUUGUCCAUUUUAAUAGAAAGCAAGUUCUGUCUUAUCAUUAUAAAGAAU